AAUAAUGUGUAAUGAUAAAAUUUUACCAAAAUUAUAUAUAAUUCUUAAAAAAAUACUAAUGACAAUAUAUAUAGUAUAUGCUAAAUAUAUAUUACAUAUACAUAUAUGUUACAUAUAUAUUCUUAAAUUAAUAUGUUACAUAUAUAUAUAUAUAGACCCAGAGAGGUAGUAGCGGGUGAUGAAGGCUAGAGAUGGUAGACGACGAUUGACGGAGGAGGAAACGAUAGACAUGGGAGGUAGAGGCUAGAGGCAGUAGCCAAUAGUGACGGUGGAGCUGGAGGCGACGAUCGAUAGGGGUGGGGACGACAAUGGGGAAGAGAUAGUCAGACAGUAGGGAUGAUGACAACGUCAAAUGAUAGGGGUGAUGGCGAUGGUCGAUGGUGGCAGUUGGAAAGGUUGGGGCAACUGGCGACGAGAGGUAGAGAGACAAAGAUUGAAGAAGAUAAAGAAGAAGCGUAUGGUUGAAAAUUAGCAAAAUGUAUAAGGGUAAUAUGAUAAAAUACUUAGUACACAUAGCUUAUUUUGUUGUAGCAUUUUACAAAAGUUAUCCCCAUAACGUUGAUUGAAUAGCAAAUCAAAUACUUUAAUCAAAUAAUUUAGGUAGCUUAAAAGUUAUACACCAACUUAUAAGCAGUCAAACUGUCCAGUCAAACGAAGUCAUAGUUUAAACGCUCGUUUAAUGCACCAAAACAUCUCAUCAAUUUUUUCUUAAUAGUUUAUAAGCUGUAUCAAUACUGCUAAUAAGCGGUCAAACCGAUAACCCAAACACCCACCAAGAAUCAAUACAGCUAAUAAGUGGUCAAAUCGUAUUUUAGCAACUUUUUGGCCGCCAAAUUCCAAAUUCGCAGGCAAAUGAAGCACGCGAUCUGGCCAUACGCAUGGCUUGCUCUCUUCAUUUUGUCGACGAGUUCCCACAGUUUCACCGUCUGGGCUUCCGGCGCCGAGCUUGACUCGCAUGCCGGGUCACUGACCCAGGAGCUCCUGGAAUCGGCGAGAGACCCCGAGUUCUUCGACUGGUUGAAGAGGGUUCGGAGGACAAUCCACGUGUACCCGGAACUGGCAUUCGAAGAGCACCGGACGAGCCAACUCAUUAGAGCGGAGCUCGACUCGUUGGGAAUCGAGUACUCGUGGCCGGUGGCCAAGACAGGCGUGGUGGCUACCGUUGGACCCGGGUCGGGGCCCCGAUUCGCUCUCCGAGCUGAUAUGGAUGCUCUUCCCGUUCAGGAAUUGGUAGAAUGGGAGUACAAGAGCAAGAACGAUGGUAAAAUGCACGCUUGUGGCCAUGAUGCUCAUGUAACAAUGCUGCUUGGAGCAGCUAAAUUACUUAACCGGAGAAGGGACCAGCUCAAAGGCACUGUCACACUCGUCUUCCAACCUGGAGAGGAGUCAUAUGCCGGUGCUUACCAUGUGCUUGAAGAGGGUAUCCUCGACGGGGUCGAAGCCAUCUUCGGAUUACAUGUGUGGCCAGCUUUGCCCACUGGUGAAAUUGGUUCAAGACCUGGUCUUAUCCUCGCAGGUUCUGCCCGGUUUCUGGCAACAGUGGAAGGGAAAGGCGGACAUGCUGCUGCACCACAUGAAAAUAGGGAUCCAGUUCUUGCCGCAUCCUUUGCAAUUCUUGCACUUCAACAGAUUGUAUCGCGGGAGACGGACCCUCUUGAGCCCAGAGUUGUCACAGUCAGUUUUGUGACGGGCGGUGAGGCAGACAAUGUAACUCCAGAGACGGUGAAAUUUGGGGGCACUUUUAGAGGCGUGACUCCAGAAGGUCAAUCCUACACUCAACAGAGAAUCAAAGAGAUAAUUGAAUUCCAGGCAAAGCUGCACAGGUGCACUGCUACGGUGGAUUUCAUGGAGGAUAAAAUGAGGCCUUAUCCGCCAACCGUUAAUGAUGAAGCGAUGUACGGACAUGCCAAGAGGGUUGGCGAAGCUCUGCUGGGGGGAUCGAAUGUGCACGUUCUUCCUCAGUGUAUGGGAGCCGAGGAUUUCAGCUUCUACUCGCAGAAGAUGGCGGCUGCAUUCUUCAUGGUCGGAAUCAAGAAUGAAACUCUAAAAUCAGAUGCGCCACUGCACAGGGGAAACUUCUUUCUGGAUGAGGAGGUUCUUCCCAUAGGAGCAGCUUUCCAUGCUGCUGUUGCCAUUUCCUACUUGGAUGGCGGCCAUGUUGCCACACAACUAGCAACGUAGGGAAAUUGGAGAUUGUUAAAAAUCCCAAAGGCAAAUGGGAAAUAAAUGUUUUGCCUAAACGUAGUUGAUAUGAGGUGGGUGUGGUGUGCACAUAAUAUGGUAUGUCUUGUUCUCUCUA